AUUGUGUAAGUACGAAUAAAAGUGCAGAAAUCAAAAUUCGAGACUGUACAAAAUGCGAAGGGCUCGAUUGCGAUUUGAUAAUGAAGACAAUCGAGAUGAAAACAUCUAUACGACACCGUUACGCAGAAGCACCGUCAGGAUACCAAGGCUGCGAUUGGCGGAUGUGAACCUCGAACUGAAAGACGCAAAGUUACCAGCCGCCACUUACCAUCCCGUCUUUACGCGUAUUGCCAGGAAAAAGAAUUACUCGGAAGACAGAUUCAUAGUGCAAAGAGGCAAAUACAACUUCGAUGCGGCGAACUACAAUCUUACGAAAAAGCGUCCACACGAUCCAGAAAAGGAGCACGAGCUCAAUGUGUUUGACCAGAUGGAUUCUCUGUCAGAAAAAUGGCGAAAGAAUAACAUGCACCGAUUAAUGGUGAAGGAAAACGUUAUACCAGGUCUGAGACAGAAAGGAGUGAUGCGUGGCAACCAAGUAUCUCCGGAAAACAAGUUAAACGGAAACUUGACAGGCCUACCUAAAGACCUGUGGAACGAGGAAUGCAUCGCAGACGGAAUGUGGAAAGCAAAGCCACGAAAGAGGCCUGGAAUACACGUUAUAGACUCCAUAUUAGAUGUAUCUGGAUUGGCGAGAACGCUACAAUCUAAUUACAAUUUUAUGGAUUGGAGCUCGAAAGACGUGAUCGCGACGGCUGCUAGGAACUCGAUAGUUCUCCUCUACACAUCCGAAGGGACGAAAUAUCUGGAAAACGUGAAAUCGAGCAAUCUCUGCGCACUGAAAUGGAGUAACGAUGGUGACAAGCUAGCCAUAUGCACGCUGACGUCUUCCACAAAAGUGUUCUGCUUACGGACGAAAAAGAUAACAUGGAGCAAGAAGUGUUUCUGCGUGAACGAAUUGAACACACAGUGUUACGCCCGUUGUGUCUGCUGGUCGAAAAACGACCAACACGUUGUCGUAGGCUGUAAUGGCCUGAUCUCGAUAUAUUUGGCGACAAGUGGCGAGCUUGUCAACUCGACAAUCGCGCACACCGCGCCAAUAUUGAAGCUUAGCUUUUCGAGCAACUAUCGAUACCUCGUGUCGUCCGCUAUGGACUCGACCGUUCGCCUUAUUGUUUGGCCAGACGUGAUAGCGUGUUUCGACCUAACGUAUUACGAACCAGUAAAAGCAAUGGUCUGGCACCCGCACGAAAACGACUUAUUAUGCAUAGGUGGUGGUUUGGGCGACGCUUCGCUGUCACUGUGGAACGUGAACAAGUUGGAUUGUCAGAGUUAUCGUGUCGUUGAAUUUUACGGCGCGGUGGAGAACUUGGCUUGGAAUAAGCUCAGCAGCGAACUGGUCGUUCAAUGGUCGUACUGGGAAGAACAUAAACAAUAUACCAUCAUGCCGGUUCUCGCGAGCCUUGAUCGCUUUGUGGAUGCGGUGCCGGUGGAAAAGGAUUUGCCAAUCAAGUCCAUCAUGUGGAACUCCGACCACACGCAAUUAGCGACUUAUAAUAAUGAGUUUUUUUCGACUUGGAAUUUCUUCGGUGACCAAUUUCAACAUCAGCGAAAAAAGCGUCAAAAGCAACGCGACUAUAGGGAAGUAAAUGAGAAAUCAAAAAAUAGUGAAUCCAAAGGAUUCAAUUACUUUACCAUACGAUAGGACCAUUGUUCAUGAACAACGAAUUUAAUUCAUCUAUUUUAUUUAUAUUUGCACUUUACGUAGACAUAUUUCGGAUCGAUAUUUGUACCUUUUGGUGUUUAUUUAUUUUAUUAUAAUUU